AUGGCUACCUCAGAGAACGAGAUCAGGCAGGCACCUCAUGAGCCCGAUACCAAGCACAGCAGUUGGAAUAACUCACCCGAGGUCCUCAAAAAGGAGCCUGGUGUCGGCGUGAACGAGAUUGACGAUGACGAUGGUAUCUACUGGAAGCCCGGCUGGCGUGAUCAAUUUCCAUGGAUUGGUCUAGCAGGAUUCAUUACAGUCAUCGUAGCUACCGCGAUGGCGGUUACUAUCCUAGGAGUAUCACACAAGAAGCGCGUACGGGACUGGCCAACUACGAAAUUCCCUAUUCAGCCUAACGUACUACUCAACAUCGCCAACCAAAUGCAAAACCUUGGCCUCCUGACUAUGAUAGGUCAAGGAUUGGCAAUCGCUUGGUGGAGGAAAGCCAUGGACGGCAGCUCAUUGGAGAAGUUGCACAGGAAUCAUGCCUACUCCUACAGUGUCUACGCCAUCGUCACUUCUGGCAAGCACUUCAAUUUGGUGGCACUCGCUGCACUCAUGACCAAGUUUGCCGUUAUUGACAGUACGUUGUUCCAAACAGCGACCAAAACGCACAUCACCCAACAAACAGACUACACCAACGCCACUGUCACUGCAUGGAUGGAGCCUAUCUGGACUGCAAAGAGCGGUGGUAUACCUGGAGACUUUGGCAGAGUAACGUCUGUCGACGCGAACUGGGCAACCGUCAUCGAAGCAUACAACCAGAAGAUCGCCAAUGGCAAGCUGCACGAUCUUCUCGAGGAUAAUGCCUCAUUCGAAGGCUGCACCUACCGACAAGAGUGCACAGGAUCUGUACGGGGCCUGGGGUUUGCCUACAAGUGUAACACAACGUUCGAAGAUGUCGACUAUGGGCUAGAGCGAUUGUCCAAUAACAUGACCGCUGGUAACGUGAGUUACCCCCUCUGGGAAAUCGAAUUUGCUACCAAGUACGCGACCAACGAUGAGCUAUAUGCCACCUCCAAUCUCUAUAUGACUUAUGUUGACAGUCAUGCCGGCACGCAAACUGGGUCUUGUCCCGGCAAGAAAACGACGCGACAAUGUGAGAUCCGACCAGCAAUUGUCGAAUAUCCGGUCACUGUCAUGACGCCCAGUAAGGAAGAGCUCGACGGAAAGAACAUAGUGACUCACGUCAAAUUCUUCGACAGCGUUACUGGAGCCCUACCUUUUGAUACACCGAUGGAUACAGACCAGAUUGACAACUUGAAGGUUGUCGAGUUUGUUGAUUUAGAUGAGAGGGAAGGCGAUGUUUCAACAGUUGGCGCUUUGACCUACGUCCUCACCAACCUAUACAGCGCAUACGCAUAUCUUACCUAUACAACCGACUGGGAUGUUGAAGUGCAAGGAUCUUCGGCACAGACAACAUUCUACGCAGAUACUGAUGAAAAGAAAACCGAUCGCUGCUGGUACGAUAUCGACAAGCCUGGCCGAGAUGAUCCAGCUGUCGAAAUCCUCCGCAAGAUCAACACUCUCAGUUUUGUGGCUGGUCUGUAUCUCAAAGGCGCCACGAAGCUCAAGAAAACCGAGCGUGCUGCCGCUGGAAUGACCAGCCAGCAGAUCAAGACUACAGUCACUGGCAUCGUAGAAGAGUACCUGACUGCUAAACGAUAUGUUGCUGCUGCUCUUGUUGCAACACUCCUCACAGUCCUCUGUGUCCUUCCCGUGUACUGGCGCUUUUGGGAGCUCGGACGAAAAGUUACCCUUGGGCCUCUCGAAAUCGCAAACGCCUUUAACGCUCCCAUUAUCGCACCAGAUAAGAGACAGAGGCAUCACGGUGACUUCGAGGAGAUUAUACAAGAAGUGGGGCAGCGUCGUGUACAGUACGGUCAGAUUGUGGGUGCUCCGCCAGGGCACAUGGGCAUUGCAGAACCUCACAAAGUGGCCAAGCCAGUUUCGAUGAGACCUCAUGACCAUAUACCAGCAGUCCAAGGCAGUUUUGCGCUUGGGUUUGGUGCGGCAAUCGGAGCUGUGACUGCUGUCGCUGUUGGUGGAAAUGUGAAACUCUGA